AUGAAACUCAGAGAUCUUGUUGAAGCUCCUGAAAAAUGUGAUUUGGACCAAGUCAAAGAUAAAAUUGAAGAAAUUGAAAAACAUAUGAAUAACAAGCUUGAAAAAAUAUUAGCUGAAUUAAAAUCAAACAAUAAAUAA